UCUCAUUGCGACGUCCCCCAACGCCUGCUCAUAUCCGGUCGUAUAUAUGUUGCCACGAGUUAGCGGCGAAUUUGGAGAGUGUCCAUUUUGAGCAGCGAGUCGGCGUCUCCUGUAUUUUUUCCCCACUAUAAAUCUUUCGAAAAACCCACCGUCAGAAUGGCAGACGCUGAGCAUCUCCUCAUGGAGACAUCAGACCAGAACGGCAACGAAGGAGAGGAGGACCAGAAUGGAGCCGAGCAAGAGCAAGAGCAGGAGCAGGAACAGGAACAGGAGCUAAUGGGAGGAGACGAGGAGCUCCUGGAGAGCCAAGACGGACAGGAGGAGGAGCAGGAAGAAGAGCAAGAGGGCCAGGAGGUCCAGGAGGGCCAAGAUAACGGCGCAGAUGGAGGCAAAAUUGACGCCAGCAAAGGAGAGGAGGAUGCUGGUAAGAUGUUCGUGGGCGGCCUCAGUUGGGACACAAGUAAAAAGGACCUGAAGGAUUACUUCACGAAGUUCGGCGAGGUGUCGGACUGCACCAUCAAGAUGGACUCCAACACUGGCCGGUCCCGAGGGUUCGGCUUCGUUCUCUUCAAAGACGCCUCCAGUGUGGAAAAGGUUCUGGAGCAGAAGGAACACAGACUGGACGGCCGUCCGAUCGACCCCAAGAAGGCGAUGGCCAUGAAGAAGGAGCCCGCCAAGAAGAUCUUUGUCGGGGGUCUGAACCCCGAGGCCACGGAGGAUGCUAUAAGGGAAUAUUUCGGAACCUUUGGAGAGAUCGAAACCAUUGAGCUUCCCAUCGACCCCAAAUCAAAGAAAAGGAGGGGAUUCAUCUUCAUCACGUACAAAGAGGAAGUCAGUGUUAAGAAGUGUCUGGAGAAGAAAUACCACACCAUCCAGGGCGGCAGGUGUGAGCUGAAGAUCGCCCAGCCAAAGGAGGUAUACCAGCAGCAGCAGUACGGAGGGGGCCGUGGUGGAGGUUAUGGAGGUGGUCAGGGAAGAGGCCGGGGCCGUGGAGACUUUGCCGCAGGUCAGGGUCAGAACUGGAACCAGGGCUACGGAAACUACUGGAACCAGGGAUACGGUAACCAGGGCUAUGGUGGCUAUGGCGGCUAUGGCAACUACGACUACUCAUCCGGUUGCUAUGGAUACGGCCCCGGAUAUGACUACACAGCCGACCAGGGCAACGGCAGCUACGGAAAGACUCCCAGACGGGGGGCACACCAGGCCGGCUACAAGCCAUACUGAUGAUCACAGUGGUGCAAGGACUCCAGUGAUCCAGUGAGACCGACGGCUGGAUUGACACACUGGGCAUGACUCGACCUCUUUUAUGAUAGAAGACCAUUUGUACAGAAAAACAACUGAAAUGUAACUUUUUUUGUUUCUUUUUUUUUUUUUAAACCUUUCAUUUUUAGAUUUACUUUCCCCUUUGGUGUUUCCUUUUUUUUUUUUUUGUUCCUCUUCCCCCUUCCACAUUUCCAUCGAUGGAAGUGUAAUUUUUACUGUACUUUUUGGUACCUGUUUUGAUUCUAAUGUAUUGUAAGGCUUGUAUUUUACAUGUUUGCUGGCUUUACAGGUUGAAAAAUCUUGGCGCUGUAAAGGAGCUUUUUUUGACAAAUAAAACCGUUUUCAGUAAUAUUUUUAAUUUUGGUUCUGAUGCUUCCAGGUUUUGGGGUGGAAGAUUAAGAAGUUGACUGGGUUUAGGAUUCAAAUUCAAUUGCAAUCAUUGAUUUCUCCGUCUUUUUCCCCUUUAUGUGGAACCAUUUUAACUCUAGUUAUAAUUUCUUAAUUUCCUCAAAAGAAGUUCAGCGGGGAAUUUAACAUCUACAGAUGUUAAUGGGGGGGAAAUGAAUUAAAUCUACAUACCUUUUUACAUAACAAGCAAACUUGUUUCUGUGCUGGUUCAGUUUGUGUUUGUCAAGUGUCACUGGUUUUUAGAAAUAACCGCUAUGAAAUUUAAAUGUGCUUAGUUUUUUCUUUUUUUUUUCUGGAGGCCAUUGGAGUCUCCUCAGCUAGUGUCUCUGGCAAUUUAUUAGUAAUAAACAUCCUCGUUUGUAA